CAGCCCCAUUGACCACUGACUGGAUGGGAAAGCUGGGGCCUUCGAUCAUCAACCUUGCAUGUCUGGCGAACGCUCACAGGCUCCAGUUCUCCAGUUUUCACAACCAAUGGAGGUUGCCCAUGAGCGGCUGGGCGAGCCAAGCGGGCCAAGCGAAUCUCAGCAACGGAGCGGAGGCACUUCGUUUUUUUCCCUUUUCCGAUGGUUUUGAGACUCAUUUCUCCCGACCCCCACUCCCGCUGCUAUCUUCAGCGACUUGCUAGACACCCGGCGCUCGAUCUCCUUCUGACCACGGCGUCAUGUCAUGGAUCUCCUGGACGUCGCUGGUGCCCACGCUUCUCAUCCUGUCGGCCAGUCUCGCCUGGUGGUUCACUGAGCCCAAGACUGCCCGCAUCAACCUGAUCGCCGCCGCGGGGGCCGCACUGUUCUGCUGGGCGAUCGCUCCGGAGUUGUGCCGCGAGCUUUCGUAUUCGGCCUACGUCCUGACCGUUGAUACCGUUUCCGCCCUGAAUCUCGAACACGCGAUAGCGAGGCACGCGAAUAUGCUAUUGACGGGCGCUGCCGUGGUCUGGCUGGUGCGAAGAGCAUGGCAGACUUUGUGGAAACCGGUUCCCGAGCUGAUCAACAUCCUGGGCGUCGAUGUCCCGGAGCCGCCGGACGUAUCGCUAGCGGAGAUCCGAGCUGACGCCGCCACCGUAAACUGGACACGCCCUCCAGCGAACCGAUCCGUGCAAAAGUUUCUGAUACAGGUUAACGGGGUGGAUGUGGGGGAGGUUGCCGCAAACCAGGAGCCUGCGAUUGUCGUCAGCGGUCUGAAGCCGAACCACUUCUACAAUGUACGCGUGAUUGCGGUCAACUCCAACAACUUCCAGGCUGGCAGCCGGGUCAUCCGGCUCAGGACGUUUGGUCGCGAUGGGCGACCGCAACUUGGGAAUUCCCGCCUUCCGUCUAAUUUCAUUCCGGAGGACCCGCGGGGUUCUGCGCCGGGCGAGGUUGGUGACGACGGUGGAAGUAACCGCAGUCCGUUCCCGGCUUUGGAAGUACCAACGAUCCCAGAGGCGACUGCAUCGCCUGCUCGGGAUGUGAACUCUACAUCUGGAUCAGGACCACGGCGGAAUACGGUCACGCGACGCCAUUCGCCGUCCACUACAAGCCUUGAACAGCCGAUACGAGAGGAUACCAAUGCAGAUUGCAAACAGACGCUCCCGGAGCUGACAGAGAAGUUUGAGGGUAUCCGGAAAGAAUCUGAGGAUGUAUUGGCGUUGAUCGCGAAAGAGGAGGGCGACAAUAGAGCGUUAUUGGAGGAGUUGGACGCAGAGAAGCGAGAAAAGAGGAAGGAACAGAAGAAGAAAGAGGAGCAGACGGAGAAACUGAAACGGGAGCUGCAUUCGACAGACCGGACGAUGCGCAAUGCUAUGCAACGGAAAGCUCAAAAGGAAAGGCUUCUCAAAGAAAAACAGAAUGAGCGGGCCAAGCUUCACGAUAAUAUCGCCAAAUGUGAGAAAGGCGCGGAGGAGAUGCGCAGGGACCGAGAGAGCUUCACCCAACAGAUGACAGAGCUCGAAGCAGCCCGCGACCGGAAAUUGGAGUGUAUCCGAGGGGAGAACGAGAACCUACAGGCCGAGUGCUCGCGUUUAGAGACAGAGCUGAAGGAACGGAGGGAGCAGGUGAAGGAGCUGGAAGAGGCCAGGAAGAUGCUCCCUGGCGGGGAGGAGGAUGGCGACCUGCGCGAGAAGCUCGCCGAGGAGAGACGGGAGUGGUUCCGAAGGGGAAGAGGGAGAGAAUUGGGAGAGGCCCAGGCCUUUGAGGUCAAGCGGGCCAGGGGGCUGGAUGAGCAGCUUCGCAUUCUCGCCAUGCAGGUGCAGCACAUCCCUCAGGCGCCCUAUGGCCUUUACAACCAGCCGAAUCCAUCCGGUCUGGAGUUCGAUCCCUCUGCAGCCGCUCCGUUACACCGCCGAAAUCGCGCGAGCACUACAAUGUCGAACGUCCCCGUCUCGAUCUCAACGCCGUUGUCGGCAUACUCCCACAUCGACCCUAUCGUUUCCAUUCCGACGCCGGUUGGUUUUGCUAGUUCGCGGUCCGCUAAUGCACCGCCCGGUUUCGCCCCGGGCCCCUUUAUGGACCUCUCUACAGCCAUUGCCAACCGUCUCGAUGAGUCAAGCGCAAGGACUGCUCCGCUCAGUCCCUCGGCUACCGCUCUCCUGCCCUCCAAUAUCCUGGCGGAUCUCGACGACGACGACGAACCCAGCCCUGUAUCCAGGUACGCCCCAGAUCCGUUCCUACUACAGCAGAGGGCAUCUCCCGACGAGGACCCGCAAUCACCCGCCUCUUCGGGCAGAUCACGCAGCAUAUUCUCAAGUCCUCAUGGCUCGUCAAGCAACCUUCCUUUUCCUGCUUUCCAGAACGACAUCUCAGACCGUCUGUCACUCCACGGGCCUGGUACGAUCCCGUCACCCGUCGCGACGGAGCCGCCGCAAAACAAGCUGAGCAGCUUCUUUUCCUUCCAGCGGUCCAGGCCCACCAAAGCUGUGGACCAGGAAGGCGUGCCGCUUGGCAGUCUCAAGCAGGGGCAGAGCCAAUCCUUCCCCAAGCAGACAGAUGAUCCGGAUGGCCUAACCAAACGGCGCAUUGGGCUAUCAGGCACGUGGAACGUCUUCAACCGCAACUCGGUCGGUCCCGAAAUCACCGAAGGGCAUAUGCCUCACUCGCGCAUGUUUUCUAAGAGCCUCAACCCCUUCUCAAGCUCACAUCGAGCCGCGGGCGUAAUGUUCCCUGAGAGAGACCCUAGCAGCCCGCGGCCGGCUAGCAUCGCAUCGUCAGAGUUUCCUCGGCCAUCGACCGAUUCCGGGUCGAUUUGGGGUUUCUCGGCGGGCGACGUUGCGGCACUGGGGAAACCCAGUCGUCUGUGGCCUUCGGACGCGGCACCCUGGUCCAGGGCCCCGUCUCGACGUCCGUCUCUUCACGGAUCGCCGUCAGCCCUGAAGACCACAUUGGCGUCCGCGGAAGAUGAGAUUCUCGAUGAGGAGAUGCUGCCGAACCCCAGCGAAGUGGGAGUCAUUGGCAGCCGCCCGCCGGCGCAGUCCAAGCCGCUCGGCCGCUUGAAUCCUAACGCUCCGGCCUUCAUUGGAAUCUUCAAAUCCAAGUCCGAUAAGGAUAAGGAGAAGGAGAAAGAAAAGGAGGGCAAAGAGAAGAGCAAGGCCGAGAAGAAGGACAAGUCCAAAGCCAAGGAUUCUAAGGAAAAGUCCAAGAACAAGGAGGUGGCAUUGACGCAAGACGCGCUGCAACCUCCUGUCCUGGAGAUGGACUCCCCCUCGGAGUCGCGCAAGUCCCGCGACGGGUUCUCGGUCCACACGCAGACGUCGGUUUCCGAGUCCCGUGAUUCUCUGUCGCUGGACAUGUCCUUUUCCAACACGCUCUCUGAACCCAAUAGUGCGGGCUUGUCCAGCAGUUUCAAGGACGAGAACGUGGUUCGAAAGCUGUUCCGAAAGGGCAGCUCGGGCAAGUUUAGUCUGACUGGACGGCUCGGCGGUAAGGAGUCGGGACUGUUCAAGAAAGCGCCCAGCAGCACGGCCAGCGGAGGGGCUUCGGACAAGGGCACGUCCAUGGAGCGGUCGAGCAUCGGUGAUUUAGAGGAAAUUGCCGACGAGGCACUGAACCCAAGCUUCCUAGGUCGCAGCUACGACAGCAUCACGAGCAUUCCGAGCCUGGCGCCGUCGGUGAGCGCGACCAAGAACAAGGAGAGCAAGGCGCCUGCGCGGUGGCUGAGCAACUUCGGCAAGAAGGGGAAGAAGGAGAAGGAGAGCUUGGACUUGGACAGGGCUCAGCUGUCUGAACUGGACGGGUUGGCUGAGGAAAACCACAAGAGUUGAAGGGAAAGUAGGGCAUAUCGGCGUGUCGGAGGCGAAUAUGUCAGUGUAGUACCGUUGCGCAGCAUCGGUGCCCGACGGCGGGGUACAAUCACUGCUCAAAUGUAUAUAGAAAAUGAGCAGUCGGUUGAUGUAGCAACGGAAGUUUGAGACUCGUAGUAUGUUGUUGGUUGUGAUGGUGUGAGGGUGUAGAUCGCUUGUCGUUUCGCACUGUGUCUCG